AUGGGAUUCAUUAAGACUCUGAUCGUCACUUUUGCGGUCUUAUUGGCCACAGAUGCUGCAAGCUUGAUAGAUAUUGCCGACAAGAAGGAUAUCAUUCCUGACUCGUACAUCGUUGUUAUGAAGGAGUCUGUAUCUCCUUCAUCCUUCGACGCCCACAUCACCUGGGCUACCAAUGUUCAUAACGGCACUAUUGCCAAACGAGGCUCCACGGCCGCUGGUGGAAUGAAGUACGUGUACAGGAUUAAUGGUUGGCACGGAUAUAGUGGCUCGUUCGAUCGCGAGACUCUAAACAAAAUCCUCCAAAAUGCCGACGUUGACUAUGUCGAGCCAGACCGCCGUGUUCAAUUAGCCACUUGGGUCAGGCAAAGACAUGCCCCGUCAUGGGGUCUCCCUAGAAUUUCGAACCGUGAAAGGGGCAGCAGCGAUUUUAUUUAUGAUGACUCAGCUGGUCGAGAUAUCACCAUCUAUGGCGUUGAUACCGGCAUUGAUAUCUUGCUACCUGAGUUUGCUGGCCGUGCUACUUGGGGUGCUAAUUUUGCGGGCGGGCCAAAUAGGGACGAGCAUGGUCACGGAACGCACACUGCUGGUACCUUUGCUGGAACCAGGUUCGGUAUCGCCAAAAGGUCAACAAUCGUUGCAGUGAAGGUGCUCAAUAGGAACGGCAGCGGCACGUGGGCUGGCAUUAUCCAGGGUAUCAGUUGGUGUGUUGACCAUGCCCGCCGAACGGGAACCCUUGGGAGAGCCGUGAUGAAUCUCUCGCUGGGAGGAGGAAGAAUGAAUUCCGCAAAUCAAGCCGCUACCAGAGCCCAGGAUGCUGGAAUAUUCCUGGCAGUGGCUGCAGGAAACAGCAAUGCCGAUGCUACCAAUACAUCUCCUGCUUCUGCAGCUCGCGUAUGCACUGUCGCUGCGUCAACCGAUCAAGAUACCAAAGCCUCGUUUUCCAACUGGGGGGCACCAAUCAAGCUUUACGCUCCAGGCACCAACAUCACCUCCGUUUUGCCGGGCGGUAUGCCUGGGUCUAUGUCAGGCACGUCCAUGGCUGCUCCCCAUGUCGCCGGUGUCGGCGCUGCUAUUAUGGCACUCCACCGGAUUCCCCCUUCUGCUGUCUGCGCCCGUCUCAUCCAGAUGGCUGAGGGUCGUAUUAGGAACCCUGGGGCUGGCACUACGAACAAGCUUCUCUACAAUGGCAGCGGAAGCUAA